UAACCUAUUGGAAAAAUGGCUGCUCCGGCGGCUGCAACGGGUCCUCCUCCAGUUUUAUGCCCAAGUUUUGCUGUCGUCUGCUCUUUCCUGGAGCGAUAUGGCACCGCUUUGGACUUACCCGAGAUGACAUUCCCAGAGAUGGAGCGAUACUUACAGGAGACAUCGUCCGUUCCAAAGCCCCUGGUGGAGCUGCAUGUCAAACUCCUGAGGAAGAUGGGCAAGUCAGUGUCUCCUGAUCGAUGGGAGAAGUAUCUUGGCAAGCUGUGCCAGGAAGUGAACGGUACAUGGGCAUGGGAGCUGGAAACAAAGGGCUACCCAGAGCUGACUACAGAGUGUAAGACUGAUAUUUUAAAGUACCUGUGUGAGAGUCAGUUUGAUGAGAACCUGAAGUUUAAGAUGGCUGUGAAUGAGGAGGAGCCAGACCACAUGCGUUUGCAGCCCAUUGGCAGGGACAGGGAAGGCUUGCUGUACUGGCUCCAGCUGGACCAGGAGCAGAACGUUCGGGUGUACGUUGAGGAGCAGGAUGAUGUGGAUGGGUCGUCAUGGAGAUGCAUUGUCAGGUCUCGUAAUGACCUGGCAGAAACCUUAGAGCUGCUAAAAUCCCAGAUCCCUGGUCCAGAUGUCCAGACCCACCAGAAACAGAAGGACGAUGCCACCAGUGCAGGCAUGGAGGAAGGGAAGAGGAAGGACAAGGCUGAUAAAUCUGAGGAUGCACCCGAACGAGACAGCAUGGAAAUCACCAGUGGGACUAACCAUUCUGUAAUAGUUACCAAGGCAGAAAAUGAGGAUGCAUCCUCUGAGAAGGAUAACAAAGAGGGACUGAAAGACCUCACCCUGUCAGCACAAACAGAGGACGGAGAGAUGUCCAAGAGGACGAAUGUAGACAGCAGUCUGGUAAAGUCAGAGGACAGGCCUGUGAUAGACAACAGGGUCAGUACCAUCAAAACACUCAUCAAGGUGGAACCCAAGGAUACCCCUGCAGCGUGGAAUGCCGUCUCAGUGGUCAUGGCACCAGGCUUUGUGAAGCAGGAAGCCAUGGGGGUGUCCAAGACCCGAGAUGUUGUGAAAAAGAGGACCCCGGAUGAAGUGGAGAGGGCUUUAAAGAGUGACCAGCAGGCCAAGAUACCACUGAAGAAGAGAGAGCUGAAAAGAAGUGAGAGUUUUGACACCACUAACCACAAUAACGACCUCCACCACAUCCGGAGUAACCGAAACAGCAACGGGGGCAUGACCACAGGAGGUAUAAUAGUCCGAAAUCCAUCAGUGUUACCUGUUAAGGAACAGCCGCAGACAGAGGUAGACAUCACAGAGAGAGAAAACAGAGUGGAUUAUCCUCAAAAUGUGGUUAAGGAGCCGUAUGUGGGCGUCGGCGUGAUAAUGGGUCCUGUUGAAAGAAAACAAGAGUCCACUCUCUCUAAGGACAGGAAUGGCCUUCAUACCAAUUUUAAGAUCCUGAAAACUGAAAACCUGUCACAAACUGAGAAUGUCAAUAUCAGACAGUCUGUCCUGGUUCGAAAAAACACAAUUAUAGAGAGUAAUAUGGCCACUCGUUCCUCUGUUUCUGAAGAUCCGACUCCCAGACAAGCCAGUGGUGAGGGGAAAAAGGAUCUCCCCCACAUCAGAGGAGGAAACGGAGAGGAGGUGGGGGAGAAAUCGGGGUACCCGCCAAAUUUAGCGCAGUCUAAAGGUGAGAGUUUGACGGAAGCUGCAGAGAGGACACCACUCGUGAGAUGCAGUUCACCCAGAGAGAUCCCAACCCCUCCUUUUGAGAGGAUUGAGGAGGAAAAGGUCAAAGGGGAGAAGGCUGAGACGAUCAAGGGAAAAAAUAAACUGUUGUGCAGUGGAGUAAGAGCUGACCAGCAGUCCAGUGGUCAUGGAGAAGACGCGAAGGAGGAGAGGGAUACACUGUUUGGGAACACAAGGAGGAAAGGUUGCGACAUGGCCAAGACUGGAGCCCUGGGCCAGGACAUGGGCCACACAAGCAGAGACAACACUGAGGAGCAGAGCGUGGAGAGAUGUGGUCAUCUGGAGUUUGGACAAAGCGGUAGCAGUAAGGAUGAAGUUUCCUCAGAGCUGCAGAAGGAAGGCAUCCGUCUGAAGAUUAAGAUCCCUCUACAUAGGAGGACCCCAGAGAUCCAGCGAGAGAGGGAGGAGGAAAUAAACGAGGGGCAGUCCCUGCGCAGAUCUGCUAGGAUCUGCAGGCCCAGCCCCAAACUAGCAGAGAUCCAGGAUAGGAAACAGGAGAGGAAGCAAACAACACCCCCUGCUGCACUGGAGGAGGAAGACCACGGUGACAACACAGACGGUAGAAUGUGUCAGAAGAGAGAGAGUCACAAGAAAAUGAACCGUGACGGACAAAUCAAACUGACGAAGGGGAGACGGCGACAUCGUAGAGUGCGUUGGUCAAACAUUCGCUCAAAGAACCGCAAAACAAAAUUGGAGGGUGAGGAGGAGGUGGGAGAGAGCAGGGAGAAAGGGGCUGAGCAGGACAGCAGGAGAUCAGAGGGAGACAAUGAGAAGACAGGCUCAGAGUCAGAGCCCUCACAGGAAACGCCAAACGAUGACCCCUGUCGCCAGUGUGGGCUCCCCAACCAUCCAGAACUGAUUCUGCUCUGUGAUCAGUGUGACGGUGGUUACCACACUGCCUGCCUCCGGCCCCCCCUUAUGAUUAUCCCCGACGGGGAGUGGUUCUGUCCCCCCUGCCAGCACAAGCUGCUAUGUGACAGACUGGAGGAGCAGCUGCAGAACCUGGACAUGGCGCUAAAGAAACGGGAGCGUGCAGAAAGGAGGCGAGAGCGUCUGGUGUACGUGGGUAUUAGCGUGGAGAACAUCAUCAGCACUCCGGUAUGUCCUGUACAUUUGUCUCCAGACGGAGACACUGAAGGAGCAAAGGCUGAGAAAAAGAAAGAUUCAAACAGGAACAGAAACCAGGAGAGGAGAUCAACAAGGACGAGAAAAUCCAUCAGUUACAGAUUUGACGACUUUGAUGAAGCCAUUGAUGAAGCAAUAGAGGAGGAUACCAAAGACUCCAGAGGAGGAGGUGCAGGUCGCGGUAAAGACAUGGCCACCAUUACAUGUCAGCAGAGGAGAGAGGAGGGCAAAGAGAACCGUAGACCUGCCAAAACUGCCCCUGCCUCACGCAGGAAGAAACGCCGGCGACUGAAUGAUCUGGACAGUGACAGCACCAUGGAAGAGGAAGAGAGUGAGGAUGAGUUUCAGCUCAGCAGCAGCUCUGAGGAGGAGGAGUUUGUGGUGUCAGGAGAGGAGGGGGGCAGUGAGGGAGAUGCUGGUUCAUAUGACUAUAGUGACUGGGGGAGUACAGUCAGUGGAGCUGAGCAGCCACUGUACAGAAGACACACCCACAACAGCCGAAACCAAACAACCCGCAGGAGCGCACGCAGGCUCCUGGCACGACAAAAGCCCUCCUCAGAGGAGGAGAUGGAUGAGUCAGAAGAGGAAGAGGAGCAGAUAGGUUUGUAGACGGAGGGCUCCAGUGAAUUUAGUGAGAGCGACAGAGACAGGAGGAGGAGGCGGUCACGGCGGAGUCAGAAUGCACAAGUCAACUACCGUGAGACGUCUGAGUCUGAGGGCAACGUGUCUGGACAGGACAGACCCCAGCGUCACUGUCGCCGUCUGUCCAGCUCCAACAGCGAAGAGUCUAUGUUUUCAAAAGACUCUGAGAGAGAGGAGGAGGUGGAGGAGAAGAGGAGGUGGGGAAGAGAGAAGGAGGGUGCCCGAGAGGACUCCAAAUACAGGCACAGACAGCUUAUUCUGAAGAGACGGAGAACGUCGACUGACGAGGAUGAUGACGACGAUGACGAGGUUGAUGAGGAAGACUCGGAGGAGUCUGAGGAAGAGGAGCGGCCUGUCCGUAAAAGGCUGAACCGCAUAGAGACUGAUGAAGAGGAAAAGGAAGAGAAUGAUGAAGAAGAGAAGAGAAAUCUGAAGAAGCGAGGCAGAAGGAGCAGUGGAGUUUCGGACUGCAGUGAUCUUUCUAGUGGUCUGCUCUCUCCUGGUCUGGAGGCCUCGGUGCACAAAUACUCAAACAAAAACACUGGGGGGUCCAGAGACCACGUUCGGCACAGCAGCCUGGCCAGUCAGAGGGCUCCAUCUCAGGACCAAGAUGAGGAGGACUUCUCUGAGGUCACAGACCUUGUGCACUUUGUUUUUAAUAGUGACCAGCUGUCAUAG